AUGACACCACGGGCCGCUACCACUACUACCACCUCCACAACAACUAAUCUGCCUGAGCAGCUCGACGUUCUGCUGGUCGGUGCCGGCUUUGCCGGCAUAUACCAACUCUACGAGUUCCGCAAGCGCGGGUACUCGGUCAAGGCCAUCGAGGCGGCGAGCGAGCUUGGUGGGACUUGGCACUGGAACCGCUAUCCCGGCGCCCGCGUAGACACCACUAUCCCCAUCUACGAAUUCAGCAUCGAGGAGGUGUGGAAGGAUUGGACGUGGAAGGAGCGCUUCCCGGGACAGGGCGAGUUGGAGGCGUACUUCAAGCACGUUGAUGAGAAGCUGGACAUCAGCCGCGAUGUCGUCUUCAACACUCGUGUCCUCUCCGCGAAAUUCAACACUACAACGGACCGCUGGGCAGUCACGCUCGACGAUGGAAGAACGGUGCACGCACGUUUCCUUUCCCUCUGCACCGGCUUCGCGUCGAAACCCUACACCCCAGCCUUCAAGGGCUUCGACACCUUCAAGGGAGUCAAACAUCAUACCAGUCGUUGGCCUAAGGAGGGAGUAGAGGUUAAAGGGAAGCGGGUUGCAGUUAUCGGCACCGGCGCGACCGGUGUACAAGUGAUCCAAGAAAUAGGUCCCGUCGUCGGGAACCUCACCGUAUUCCAACGCACCCCCAAUCUCGCCGUCCCUAUGUUUAACCGCCCGGUAGAGGCAAAGGAACAACAACAGUUGAAGGACGAAGGCCUUUACCCCAUUUAUUACAAACGGCGCACGCAAACGUACAUCGGCCUGGACUAUACUUGGACCCCUAAGCCGCUGGUUGAUCUCACUCCAGAAGCGAGGCGGAUCUUCUUCGAAGAACUCUGGGUGCAGGGGGGCUUCCGCAUAUGGCUUGGCAAUCACGAAGACGUGGGCACCGACCCUAUCAGAAACGACGAGCUCUAUGCAUUCUGGCGCACGAAGGCGCUAGCGAGAAUCAAAGAUAAGAAGAUGCAGGAGAAGCUAGCGCCGGCCGUCAAACCACAUCCCUUCGGCCACAAACGCAUAAGUUGCGAACACUCGUAUUUCGAGAUCUUCAACCAAUCUAACGUCGAAUUGGUUGACAUGAGCGAGACCGACAUCGUUGAAUUCACGCCCAAGGGCAUUCGUACAGCCGACAGCGUCGAGCGAGAGUUCGACGUUAUCGUUCUCGCAACGGGAUUCGACUCCGUCACUGGGGGCAUUACCCAGAUCGACAUAGAAGGACCGAAGGGCACUGUCCGUGACAAGUGGGCGCAAGGCCUCCGCACCUACCUCGGGGUCAGCACCGCCGACUUCCCCAACAUGUUCUGGGUCUACGGCCCCCAUGGUCCUACCGCCUUCUGCAACGGUCCUUAUUGCGCCGAGAUGCAAGGUGGCUGGAUCGUUAAUUUCGUCGACAGCGCGAGGAAGAAUGGUUAUACCCGGAUAGAAGCACAGAAUGAUGCGGAGGAGGAGUGGACUAGACGGGUGCAGGAGGUGACGCCCGUGCCCCUGGAUAGCAAGGUCAAGUCGUGGUACUUGGGGUCGAAUAUUCCAGGGAAGAAGGUCGAGGUGCUAAAUUGGGGCGGAGGAGUUCCCCAGUAUUACGAAAUCGUGGAGAACACGGCGAAGGCUGGGUACAAAGGGUUCGCGCUAUGGCGGUAUUCAAGUGGAAGACACGAAGGGGGUAUAAAUAACCUCGCUCGUCGUCGUCAACCCUCAGCGAACCCCCGCUGUCCAAUCCUGUCUCCCAACCGUCACUCAUUAUCACUUCCAAACCCGGAGGCCACCAUGCGUACCCAAUUCCUCAUCGCUGCCCUCGUUGCUUCUUCUGCGCUCGCUCGCCCUCUUGACGCAGCAAACACAUCUGCCGUGUCGUCGGUUGUCAAGGACAUUACCAGCGUCCCCAAAGCCAUCGAGCUAGUCGCUCGCAUACCCGCUGAGGCGGAGGAUCCCAAAGUGGAUGAAGCAGGCGUAUUCGAGGUCUUCGAAGCUGCAUAUAAUGCCGUCAAAGAACUCCUCCGCAAGCUCAAACCCAAGGUCAAGAUCCCUGGCUACACGCACUACGUUGGUUAA